AUGCUCGACAGAACAACCACCUUUGCAAAGGAGGAGGAGCUUGGCGCAAUUCAGUCUCCAGACAUUUGGGGUAUCUGGAUUGCCCUGAUUACCUUACUCUGUAUGACGGAUCACACCUUCAUUGGUGGACUCUUACUCGUAAAACGCGAGCUGGAGGUUGAACCUAGCGGCGCCAGGCCCGAAUCUGCUCAGGCUGCUUAA